CCGACUGACGUUGGACAACAAAGAUGGCGGCAGGAACCAGCAAUUACUGGGAAGAUCUCAGGAAACAGGCUCGACAACUGGAAAAUGAACUUGACCUGAAACUAGUUUCCUUCAGUAAACUAUGUACAAGUUACAGUCACAGCAGCACCCGAGAUGGAAGACGCGACAGGUAUAGUUCUGACACAACACCCCUUUUAAAUGGAUCAAGCCAAGACAGAAUGUUUGAGACAAUGGCAAUUGAGAUUGAACAACUUUUGGCAAGGCUUACAGGGGUAAAUGAUAAAAUGGCAGAAUAUACCAAUAGCGCAGGUGUCCCCUCCUUGAAUGCAGCACUGAUGCAUACGUUACAGCGACAUAGAGACAUAUUACAGGAUUAUACACAUGAAUUUCAUAAAACCAAAGCAAACUUUAUGGCAAUACGGGAAAGGGAGAAUCUCAUGGGAUCAGUACGAAAAGAUAUUGAGUCAUAUAAAAGUGGAUCUGGAGUAAACAACAGAAGAACUGAACUAUUUUUGAAAGAACAUGACCACCUCAGAAACUCUUCUGACAGCUCAGAUCGUCUGAUAGAAGAAACAAUAAGGUCCUCAGUCUUAUUUCUCUGCAUGUACCACAAGAUGGAUCCUGUGUCGACUGGAUUCUUCAUUACCUGUAUAACAGCCACUUUCCAGAGGCUGGGUGAUCCAAGAUCAAGGUGCUGGUAGAUCCAGUGUAUGAUGAGGAUCCACUUCCUGGUUUGCAGAUGGCUCUUGUAUACUCACCACAGAAAGCAAGCUUCUUGUCAAUUAUUCCAUUCAUGGAGGACCAGCACAUCUAACCCAAUUGUCUUUCCAAGUCUAAUACUGUCAUGCUGGAGGUUAGGAUUUCAAUAGAUGGACAUUGAAGGGAGGAACAUAAAUACUCAACCCAUGCCUCUUCCCCUGGAAAGACUCCCUGACCCGCCCCUCCUCUGUGCCUCCUGAUUUCCUCUGUGCUCCCUCAACCUCCAUCAGAGCAUUUUAUCCCAUCCUGUUACAUUCAGUAGGUACCUCCCAGUCUCCCCAUGAGGAGACUGUGAGUACCUUGUGGGCAGUGACUGUCCUAGUUCAUCUUUAUAUUCCCCAGCACAAGGAACAUAGGAAAUAUUGAAAAGGGAGAAAGAGAUAAAUAGAAGAAUCCAGUUGCCCUGAACUAAAGUGCAGCGACUUAGAAUUGCAUGUUGUCAUACGUUCUUGCCUCUUCAUUAACCACCCCUUCCCUGUUGUGUACACCUAACCCUUCCAUUUUCUUUUCCUGUGAUUGGUCAGCUGAAAUACCCCAAGUAUCCACAGCCAUUUCAAGACAUCCCUAUUAUCAAAGAAAACUUUGGAAGCAAAUAGUAGCUGUAAAAUGGGACAGCUCGUGGGAGAGUGAUCGCCAAGGAGAUCCCUCUUGUGGAAUUCAGGUAGCUGCUUGGCAGUCCAUGAGAAAUGAUCCUUUCCAUUUCAGAGUCAUAAGACUUGAGCCAGUAAGAGAAAUAGGACAAUCUUGUAGCACCUAUGCUCAUAACCUAUGACCAAGUGACUCCACCUCUAAGAAUCUCAUAGACAUAAAAAGAUGUAUCUAUAAGGAUAUUCAUGGCACCAUUGAUUUUAAAUGAAAAAAGUUUAAAUAACUGUUCAUCAGUAAGUGAAUAAAUAAGGUAGCUUUUACAGAGAAAGGUAACUGGGGCUGGGGCUGCGACCCAGAGGCAAAGCGCUUGCCUAGCACGCGUGAGCACGUGUUGGAUCCUCAGAACCACAUGAAAAUAAAUAAAAACAAAGGUAUUGUGUCCAUCUACAACCAAAAAAAAAUAUUAAAAAAAAAGAAAGGUAAUUUACUGUGGACUGAUGAGAAAUCAUCUCUAAGACAUUGCUAAGUGGAGAAAAUGAUACAUGUGUGUCACAUACAUGCUUUAAAAAAAAACAUCUCUCUUGAUGUGUAACUGACAAGAAACUAAAUGUUUAAAGUGAACAAUGUGAUAAGUUUUGACUUACAUAUGCACCUAGGAAACCAUUACCCUAAUCAAGAUAGUGACUAUAUCCAUCACCCCCAAAAGUUCCUUUGUGACCCUCCAAACUCCUCCAGCCCUUUCCUACCCCUCAUCCCAAGUAACCAUGGCUCUGCUUUCUGUCACAAUAAAUUAGUUUGCAUUUCCUAGAAUUUUUGUUUGUUUGUUUGGUUGGUUGGUUUUUGGUACUGGGAAUUGAACCCAGUGGCACUUAACCACUGAGCCACAUCCCCAGUCUUUUUUCAUAUUUUAUUUUGAGACCGGGUCUCACUAAGUUGCUUAGGGCCUCACUAAGUUGCUGAGGUUGACUUUGAACUCUCCAUCCUCCUGCCUUAGCCUCCCAAGUCAAUGGGAUAAUAGGCACCUAGAGUUUUAUAUAAGUGGAAUCAUAGAAUAUGUAUUCUUUUGAGGUGGGAGAAUCUGGCGUUUUUCACUCAGCUUUACUAUUUUGAUAUUCAAGUAUGUCAUUGUGUAUCCCAAUAACCCAUUCUAUUUCACUUCUGAAACAGUGUCCCGUUGUGUGAAUGGGACACAAUUUUCUCAUCCACUUCUCUGCUCUUGCCCUCUCAGGUUUCCAUUUGGGGCCCAUUACAAGCAAAGCUGCUCUGAACAUUCAUGCACAAGUCUACAUAAACAUACUUCCUCUUCUCUUUGGUAAAUGCCUAUAAGAAGAUUCACUGAAUCAUUUGGCAAAUGUGUUUUUAACCCCUUAAGAAAAUGCCAAGCUAUUUUCCUAAGUGUUUGAUUUUGCAACUGAGUAUAAGAGAGUCCCAGUUCACAUCCUUUCCAACAUUUUGUGUAAGUUUUAGCCAUUGAAUGAGAUGUGCAGUGAUCUCUCAUGCAUUUCCCUAAUGACUAAGGAUGUCGAUCACCUUUUCAUGUGUGCACUUGUUAUCUGCAUAUCUCUUUGGUGAAAUGUCUGUUCAGAUAUUUCACCCAUUUUAAUACGCUGUUUGUUAUAGGGUGUAGAAUAUUGGGAAAGAUAUUCAAGAAAAUAUCUUACAAGCAGUUGCCUAGUGAAAAAAAUGAGCAGACUGGAGGUCAUAGAUGGGGAGGACUCUGGAUUUUUCACUUAGCAUAGACUGCAUUUUUUAAUCAUUUAAAUUAUAUUUUUAAAAAGACAAAUAGCUGCUUUGAAAACAUCAGUAUUGAAAGCAUAUUUCUUAAUGGACAGAUGGAGACUGUUCUGUUUAGCCAAGAGCACUUCAGAAACUCCUCGCUGGUAGGAAAUUGGAGCACUGAACCAUUAAUGGGACCGUGAGCGUUCCGCACUGGAUCGGAUUCAAUCAUUGAUGGUGGCGCACAGUUGGCAAUGAUGACGUCUGGGCCAUGGCUCCACUAAGACAAGCAGAAUGUGGUGUUUAUAUUGAAGUGAAUACUGUUCCAGCUUCCUGAUUUCCUGCCCUUUUUCUAUUGAAGGUCACCAAUGAAAAGAACCCAGAAAGGGCUCUCCCAGCCUGUCUGACCACAGGUUUGAUUCAUUUUCCUUCUCACAGCGUGCUUUCUGCUUUCCACCUGGGAUGUGAUGUAGCUUGUAGGUAUUGUAGACCCUGGGCAGGUAAGCGCCCCAUCCAAGUUCACGUCCUUUUAAGAAAGCAAUGGAGAAUUAACAAGAAAUGCUUUCUCUUCCAAGACCUCUUUGUGACUAUUCCCGUCUUGUUCUUCAAUCCAUUCAUUAGUUCAUAAAAAUUUCACAUAAAUUAAAUUCAUCUCCUAUGCUGUGUCCUACCAGAUUGAUAGUUAAUUCUAAGUAAACACUGACAUUUUCCUUAAAGAAGUUCUUGACUGGGUGUGAUGGUGCAUGCCCCAAAUCCCAGCUACUCAAGAGGCUGAGGCAGGAGGAUUGCAAGUUCAAGGCCCAGACUGGGCAACUUAGCAAGACUGGUCCCCUAGUGGGGUUAUAGCUCAGUGGUAGAGUGCUUGUCUAGCAUGUGCAAAGUCCUGAAUUCAAUCCCCAGCAAUGCAGUAUUUUUUAAAGAAGUUACUUAUUCCAGGGAAGUAUAUUGCUGUCAUAAUUUGGACAUCAUUGAUUAUGACGUGAAAUUUGGUGUAUUUCAGCCUAAAACUCCUUGAAAUUCUGUGUUGAAAAUGGGAAAAUGUUAUGGAUCAAUUCACUGGUUCAGUAUCUGAGCUAUUUGAAGUAAAAUUUUCUUUGCCAACAAAAUUAACAUGUGUUUAUGUUGAAAAUAUGGAUCACACAAGGCAAAUAAAAUGUUCUA